AUGACGUCCUCCUCGGUCCCUUCCCAUAUCAUGUCUCUUCCUGACGCAUCUCCGGUUUGGCCUGACCCGCAGACUGAAGAGUGUGACUCAACUGCUCUUGCUACUGCUAUUUUAGCCGGCGAUGUGGAGCAAGUACGCAGCCUUGUCCGUAUGGGGAUCGGGCUGACACAGAGCCACCAUUGGGUUCUGUACGAGGCUUGUCUGCAGGGUGCGCACAUGGUCGACAUCUUGCUGACCUCCCAGCGAGUGAACUUCAGCACCUUCAUACCUAAUGCGACCGGCGAUCCCCUUUUGUUCUUUAUUCUUCGGACACCAUCAUCCCGCUUUUCCACAGAGAGUAAGGUGGCCACUGUUGCGCAACUGCUAGACAACGGCAUCGACCCUUGUCCGCUCGAUCGGGUCGGACAGACGGUCUUGCAUGCUGUAGCGGGUGUACGCCCUGAGAGUGGUCCCCUCCUGUCACUUCUGCUCAGAAUAUCUGCGAGAGUACACAUCAACUCUCAAAAUACCUUUCUUGACACGCCACUAGCGGUCACUAUCCUCUCGGGCCAUUUUGAGGCCGCUCAAAUUCUUUUGGAGCACGGGGCAGAUGUCCAUGUAAAGAUGGAGUGGGGGGAAUCUGUGGUGCAAUUCGCGCUGCGGCGUAAUAACCUGUCCCAACGCACUAGACAGCAUCGGAGCCUGGGGCAAUGCAGGCCCGGCUUGAACUCUGUCCGAUAG